UAGACGCCUUCUGAGGCCAUGCUGCCCUUCCCCCAAUCUGGAAGGGCCUCAGCUUCUAAGCCUUACUUUCCCUUCUGAUUCAGAAUGUUAGCAAACACAGAAAGUGAGAUCUCAGUCCUCUACAGUAAAGGAGGAAAUGAGGGUGGCAUAAGAGGCCACCACUGUAACCCAGCCAAUCUUCCUUGCUUAACCAGUUUCAAAAAAGGCCUGGGUAAUGGGGAAGAGAGGAGGACUUUCCCUGAAGCUCUCUGCUACCCCCUCCCACCUUGCAGUAGGAACUGGGCAUGGAGCCAGCUAUGCUGGCAGGGCCUCCAGCAGCUGUGUUAGAGCAAGAGACUGCGGGUAAGGUUGUCCAGGGAGGGUGCUGCCAGGAUUUCUCCAACACACAGUGGGUGGACAGACCCAGCCUGGAGCCUAGAAUCCCCAUCUAGAAUGGCUGGAAAGUGCAGGGACCGGGAGGGAAAGUUAUUUCAACCGUGACCAAUCUGAUUUCCCCAUCCCAGGUAGACUCUAGCCUCCAAGGUAUACAUUUCAGUGUUCUAACUAUGGCUGGACUUUUUUAUGUCCUCAGUGUCCAUGUCCAACAGCUUUUCCCAUAUCCCCCAGGCUGUGAGUGUCACACUGUGGGGAGGGGGUAGGGGCCACCAUGUCAUCGUAUCAGAAGGAACUGGAGAAAUACAGAGACAUCGAUGAAGAUGAGAUCCUAAGAACCUUGAGCCCCGAGGAGCUGGAACAGCUGGACUGCGAGCUCCAAGAAAUGGACCCUGAGAACAUGCUCCUGCCAGCUGGACUAAGACAACGUGACCAGACAAAGAAGAGUCCAACAGGGCCGCUAGACAGAGAUGCCCUAUUGCAGUACCUGGAGCAACAGGCCCUAGAGGUCAAAGAGCGUGACGACCUUGUACCCUUCACUGGAGAGAAGAAGGGAAAACCCUAUAUUCAGCCCAAGAGAGAAAUCCCAGCCCAGGAACAGAUUACACUGGAGCCUGAACUGGAGGAGGCGCUGUCCCAUGCUACAGAUGCCGAAAUGUGUGACAUUGCAGCGAUCCUGGGCAUGUACACACUGAUGAGCAACAAGCAAUACUAUGAUGCCAUUUGCAGCGGAGAGAUCUGCAACACAGAAGGCAUUAGCAGUGUGGUACAGCCUGACAAGUAUAAGCCAGUGCCAGAUGAACCCCCCAAUCCCACAAACAUCGAGGAGAUUCUAAAGAGGGUGCGUAGCAAUGACAAAGAGCUGGAGGAGGUGAACCUCAAUAAUAUACAGGACAUCCCGAUCCCUGUGCUAAGUGAGUUGUGUGAAGCAAUGAAGACAAACACCUAUGUUCGGACCUUCAGUCUGGUGGCUACAAAGAGUGGUGACCCCAUCGCCAAUGCUGUGGCUGACAUGCUGCGUGAGAACCGCAGUCUCCUGAGCCUGAACAUCGAGUCCAACUUCAUCAGCAGCACAGGGCUCAUGGCUGUGCUAAAGGCAGUUCGGGAAAAUGCCACUCUCACCGAACUCCGCGUAGAUAAUCAGCGCCAGUGGCCUGGUGAUGCAGUGGAGAUGGAAAUGGCCACCGUGCUAGAGCAGUGUCCCUCGAUUGUCCGCUUUGGGUACCACUUUACACAACAAGGGCCACGAGCUCGGGCAGCCCAGGCCAUGACGAGGAACAAUGAGCUGCGUCGUCAACAAAAGAAGAGAUAACGUCACCCUUUCUUUUACCAACAAGAGAUGAGAGCUCUAGGCACCUAAAUCCUCAUCUCUCUCCCCAUUCCUGUAAAUAAAAUCCCUU